UGAUGUUCUCUUCCUCCCAGCUGAUCCUGUUUACAACAACGUCCCGAGAAGCAGGACCUGCGAGAGGGUCAGGGGGUGAGAGAUGAGAUAGCAAAGGCCUGGAAAAGAAUCAGCCAGGAUGAAGAUCACAGUAUGGAGCGUCUUGAGUGGCAAGGCCUCGGGCCAUAUCGUUAUAAAUGUACCUGAAACUCAAACAAUUGGCGAUAUCCUGGACAAGUUUUUGAAUUUUAAGGGCGCUCCAAAAUGUCCAGGAUACGUCAUGCGGAGCAGCGACAACCUUGCACUCGACCCACGCAAGACAUUGAAACAGUCCAGCAUUCAGGAUGGGGACACUCUCACCCUUGGCCUCUCAGACUUUUCUGCAGCACAGAAGGCCUCUACUCUCAGCUGGAGUGAUUGCCAGAUGUGCAAUGUAAGACAACUGAUAAAAAGGAGUCGUAUAUAUAGGGUUGUCAAGAAUGACGAAGAGCAGACCUUCUCUUUUGGGAGCUGGUGGACGGUGACAAUCAUGGCACUCUUGAUCAGCAUUGUGGGACUUGUAGUGAUACUGUGGAUGUUCUUUGACCCUGUUGUCGCUCCUCAGAAGUUUGGUGUGGUAAUGGAUGCAGGAUCAUCACACAGUGAGAUAUUUGUCUUCACAUGGGAAGGUGACAAACCCCUUGGAACUGCAGACGUUAAGCUCAAGCAUAGAUGUUUUGUUGCAGGUGGUAUAAACAGCUUUGCAGCUCAUGCAAAUGAUCUGGGUAGAUAUUUAGGAAAGUGUCUUAGUGUGGCUGAAAAUCAAGUGCCAAAUCAUAUGCGGAAGGAAACUCCCUUCUAUGUUGGGGCUACAGCUGGUAUGAGGAUUCUCAGGGAUUUUGAUCCAGAAGGAGCAGUUGCAGUUCUAACAACAUUAAGGGACUUCUUGGAGACAAACUCAACAUUUAAAGUACAACACAAGAACAUUGGAAUUAUACCAGGUUAUGAAGAAGGCACUAGUGGUUGGAUAGCAAUUAAUUAUCUUGUUGGUUCCCUGAAGCAGACAGAAGCAUCAACCAAAGCUGCACUUGAUGUGGGUGGAGCCUCAGCUCAGAUAACUUCAGCUCUUCAGGGAAAGUGGAAAUUGGACAACCAGGAACCUUACUCUUUUUAAUCAGACCCACAAUAUCCAGAGUCAAUCUUUCCUCUGCUAUGGAAUUGGACAAGCCCAGCAUCGUCACAACUUCCUCCUGUUGACUGAGAGCAAGACCAGUGGAGGGAACUCAUCCAACCCAGAGGUUCCUGUGGACCCUUGCUUGCCAACAGGA